AUGCCCACCAUGACUCGCAUGCAUCGGCACUCCAGCUCGAGCGGCGUCGAGGAGGCGCGCGGCAGGCGUCGCAAUGCCAGCGGCGAUGCGAACAAGGAGAACUUUGGCGUCCAUUUCAUGAGCAGCCCCUUUGGCAACAGCAGCCUGAUUGCGCUGCAGGAUCUGAGCAACGUGCAUGGCAAGAGUCCGCAGCGGCGCAGCUUCAGUGAGGGCAGCGGACCGCGGCAGGCCACGCCGCAGUUGGCAGCGCUGCGCUGCUUGCCCCGUCUGGGCGGCACUGCUGCUGGCGGUCUUGAGGACUCGCAGUUGUCCUCUUCGCGCAUGGGCGACACCACGCUCGAUCGCAUGCUGGAUGCCAUCAUUGAGUCGGCGCGCAAGGAGGUGCGCUGCAAGCAUCAAACCGCAACGUCGACGGCGGCGACACCUGGCGAUGGCGAGUGGAGCGAGAGCAGCGUCCACGAGAUGGAGGUGCGCACGCCCACCCACUUAAAGCGGCAGCGCGUAGUGCGCCGCAAGAAUCAGCAAAAACCAGCAGCAGCAGCCGCAGUCGCUGCCUCGAUCGCAGUCGAGAGCCCAAAGACUCUGGGCCUGAGCAAACAGCCCAGCCUGGAGCACAUACCUAGCAUCAAGCGUUGCCUGAGCUUCUCUUCUUCGAGCUCGACGGGCAGCGAUCUGGAGGAUGAGGAGCACUUUGCCAAGCGUGGCUCCAUGGCCUCUUGCGUCUCGGGCGCCUCCUCCAACUUCGCCUCCAACUUCGCCUCCAACCCCAAUGCAACGAACAGUGGCGAGCUCCAUCCACGUGGCAGCAUCGAUUUGAGCAUCGCCUACGAUGUCCAUCAACAGCAAUUAAAUGUACAUGUUAUACGCUGUCGCGAUCUGCAGCGAUUGCACGGCGCAGGCAGCAUCAAUGCAUACGUCAAGGUGGCGCUGCUUUCCGGCAUUGCCAACAACAGCAACGGCAGCGGCGGCAGCGAGAACUCGAACUCGAGCUCGAGCUCGAGUCGCUUCCAGCGCACAGCCGUCCAUCGGCACUCGAGUCGUCCGUACUUUGAUGAACGCUUUAGCUACCAUGUGCAGGAUGCUAUGCUGCAGGCAACGGCGUCGACGUCAACGUCAGCCUCGCUGCAGCUGGCCGUUUGGCACCGGGAUCGGCAUUUGAAACGAAGCGAGUUCCUCGGCUGCCUCACGUUUCCAUUGAGUGCUUUAGUGCAGCAGGGCCUUGGCGCAACUGGAUCCUACAAGCUACACUCGCAGGGAUGCCUUCAUAGCUGCCGCAGUACUAGCAGCAGCAGCAGCAGCACCAGCAGCAGCAGCAGCAUCAGCAGACCGCGCGUCCCACUCCACGCAACGCCCACAAGCCGUGCAGAGGUGCAGCCAGUUGAGAAGAAGCAGAAGGAGCAGGUGAAGGAGCCGCUUACAGCAACUGUUACCGCUCGACCCGCAGCAGUUGAAAUGUCAACGAUGGCGGCCACAGCGAAACCGAAUGGCACAGCUACAGCUGUGCUGGGCGAUGAUGUCAUCAGCAUCAGCAUCGAUAGCAUGGCUGCCACCGGCGGUCCUUUGGGCAACGGCAAGGAGGACACACUGCAGCAGUCGCAGCAGCCAACGAUGGUGCUUAGCAAGAAGGCGCUGCAUCAGCGAGAUGCCGAUGAGAAUCUGUUUCUGCGCUUCCUCGAGCUGGAUCCGCCCGCCGAUGGCAAUGCGAACAGCACCACAAACCCGGGCAACAGCACGUCCGGCAGUGCAUCCAAUGCGAAUGCCGUUUCCAAUGCCAAUGCGAAUGCCAACAAUGCGAAUGCCAGCAAUGCGAAUCAUGUGAACGGAGGCAGCGCUGCACGACGCUGCUCAACGCUGCCGGGCAACAGCAGCGUCAGCCGCCAGCAGUCGGGACGCACGCCGUUCACAAUGACCAAGAGAUUGACCCGGACGGAGGAGCGAGGAUUUGGCUUCUCCAUUGUCUGGACACAUCCGCCGCGCGUCGAAAAGGUGGAGGCGGGCCUCUCAGCGGAUCGCUGCGGCAUACUGCCGGGCGACUAUGUCAUCUUCGUGGACAAGCACAAUGUGGUUACGAUGCCCGAGGCUGAUGUUCUGAAUUUGAUACGAUCGCAGGGCUCGUCCUUAACGUUGGAGAUAUUCAGAAGGUCAGGCGCGGGCGCCAACAUGGCCACCAAUGCCACCAAUGCCACCAGCAUCAGCACGGCCACAGCAACAGCCAUAGCCACAGCCAGCGCUAGCCAGAAUCAGCAGCAGUCGCAGCUACGCAGCCAACAGCAGCUCUACGGCUUAGAGGAGCAGACAGCCAUUGUGGUGCAGCAGCAGCGCACCGCCAGCGUUCGUCCCCAGCUGCUGGGCAAUACCUUGUCCAGGCCGGCCACCGCCUGCUCUGGCACCACCUCCUCGAUCGAGGCGGCCAAGCGGCGCCUGCACCUGCCCCAAGUGACGUUCAGCAAGGAGUCCAUUGUGCCCAUAACGGAUAACCGUCGACGCUUUCUGCUGCAGCUCAUCAGUCGGGAGCAGAACUUUACGGCGGCGCUGCAUUUUGGAGUGCAGCGGUUUGUGCAGCCUUUGCAGGAUAGGAAGGAUCUAAUAUCGCCGAACGAUCAUCGCACGCUGUUCCAGAACAUUGACGAGCUGCUGCGCAUUGCCGAGGACAUACUGGAGCAGUUGUGCAGCAACGAACAGGAGCAGGAGCCGCACAUGAACUUCGCCUCGCGGGUCUAUCUAUCCAAGACGACAGCGAUCUGUGCCGCCUACAAGAAGUACUGCAACGGCAUCAAGCGCGCCGAUUGCGUUCUGGUGAACAAGUCCCGCCAGACGGGCUCCGAGUUUAUAGCCUUCAUCACCGAGCCAGCUGUGCCGCGCAGGCGUCCCGAUCUCACGAUGUUCAUCCAUCGGCCGCUGCAGCACUUCAGGGAGAUACUGAAGCUCAUGCAGCUGCUUGCCAGCAAUUGCCAUGUGGACACCGAGGAGCACAAGAACUUUACCACUGUGAUCGGUGAGCUGCAGGCCGCCUAUCGCGAGAUAACCGUCAGCAGCGGCCUGAUGGAGCCCCUGGGCGAGGGUCGUCCGCUGCUGACCCUGCAGGAUCUGGAGUCCCGCAUGGUGUUCACCAAGUGCAAGCCCUUUACGCUGGCCGUGCAGGGCCGCCAGUGGAUCUUCGGCGGCGACCUGUCCCGCGUCGAGGGGCGCUCGAUAAAGCCCUACUGGACGCUGCUCUUCAGUGACAUCAUUGUGUUCGCCAAGGUCAGUCGGGAUCGCGUCCUGUUCAUCACCGAGGAGCCCAUACCCAUAGCCAACGUCGUCGACUCCUGCUUUCACAUGCGCAAGAAAACCACUGAAUUCCGCCUGACUGUCGAUCCCAAUGGCCGUUUGGCCGAAAGUCCCACAGGAUAUUGUGCGCCGGAUCUGACACGCACGCCCAAGCGUGGUGCCAGGCGGAAGAGCCUUAUCCUGCGCGCACCAUCGCUGGAGCUAAAGGCCGUUUGGCAGAAUCUUUUACAGCGUCAAAUCUUUCUGGUGAAUGCCGCCUUGGGCUCGACGCCUUUGUCCAGCCCGCUGGACUCGCCGGACGUGCUGAAUACGCUGGUGCCCUUAAGCGACAUUGGAAUGACGUCCGCAUCGAUGGGAUCGAUGAAGCUGCCCUCGCUGGACAGCAUCAACCUGAAGCAGCAGCAGAAACAGCAGCAGCGCGGCCCAAGCCUGGGCCAUGGCCAUGGCCAUGCCGUCGAGCAGAUCGAGCUGCUGAUCGACGAGAAGUGCCGCAUCCUGAACAAGACGGGCACGCCGAAGUCCAGUGCCCUGCAUCUGGCCAACUGGAUGAAGGGCCAGCUGGACAAGCAGCAGCAGCAGGCGAGACUGGCGGCCAUUGCGCGCUCCCAGGAGAACAUUAGCGCCGAGGACGAGCAGCUGAUCUUCAACAGCGACAGCGAGCAGGACGAGCGCAUCAUCUACUGGACGCGCCAGCAGCUGGAGAAACGCACCAAGGAGCUGAACCUGGCCAAAGAGAUGGGCGGCCUCUCCGCCAAGCCAAACUUUGGUGGCAAGCGCCUCAGCGGCGUCGAGGAGCUGAGCAUGAGCAUUAGCGCCACUUCAGACAUCUACUCGGAGGCGGAGGUGGUCACCAGCCAGAUUAGCCAAUCGCAUAGCACCACAUCCGAUAGCCAGAUCACGGUGCGCUCCAGCCCCAUUGUGCUUGACAAGCUGGCGGUGUGCCGUCACUGCCACAAGAACUGCCAGCAGAGUGCAGCCAGCGGCAGCGGGGGGCGUGGGUCGGCUGCAGCUGAUGCUGAUGCCGAUGCUGACGCUGAUGCUGGUGGUGCAGGUGGCUCCUCGCUGCUGUGCAACUCGCUGAAGGUGCAGCACAGUCAAUCCUCGCCGAACCGCUGCUGCAAGCUGAACGGCACAGCGGCAGCUGGGGCAGCUGGAGCAGCUGCAGCAGCGGCAGCAGCCGUAGCUGGCAGUGGCACGGGCACCGGCAGCGUGACCAGCAUAUCCAGCAGCACCAUCACUGGGGAGUUCUCCUCGAAGGUAGUCGCUAGCAGCAGCCGGCGCGAGACCGGCGACACGGAGAGCGAUGUGGCACAACUAAUCACCGACGAACUGUCGCUGUCCCAAUCAGAGGCGACAGACGACAGCGUCAAUGCGAUGCCCAACAGCAGCAGCAGCAGCGCCAAGCUACGAGUUCUAGAGCCGCAGCAGCCCCUGCCAAAUGGCCACUGCUCCGCCUCAGUCAACGCCUCUGCCUCCGCCUCAGCCUCGCCACAGCCGCCGCCCAGGCGCACGCGAGUUGUGGCCCAGCUGUGCCAGGAGCCAGUGCGUCAGCAGGUGAAGGCCGUUGUGACCAUUACGGAAACGGCUCGCAUUAUGCGCAACACCGAUCGCAGCUCCAACGCCAACGCCAACGCUGGCUCUGCGGCCACUUGCCAUUGUCGCUGCACUCCGGAGGACUUCACGCAGCUGGCGCCGGACAAGAUGGAGCAGCAGACGUGCAAGCUGCUGGAGUCACCCAAGCAGAAGACCAGCUCGGUGCAGCUGCAGCAGCAGCAGCAGCAGCAGGAGGAUGACCAGCUGUCGCUGAUGCUGAUCGGCUUGGCGCAGUUCGCACCGGCUGCCAAGCUGUGCGGGCAGGCAGAGGAGACGACGCCGCCCACCAUAGCUGUGGUGCCGCCCACGCCGGAUGCGGUGCUCACCAAGACCAGCACGCACGUGUGGGACAAUAGUGGAGGUGCCGCGGGCAUGGAUCAGGUGACCACCACGGCAACCAAGCAGCCAAGGCAGGCGAUCAUUGAGAACAUACCGGAGGACUCGUGCGAUGAGUCGCCGCUGGACGAGGAGCCACCAUAUCGGCCCAUGAGCAAUGCGCUGCGUCGCUUCGGCACCAUGUCCAGCCUCGAGAAGCUGCCCUCCGACGAGCUGGACGACGACCUGGAGCCCUAUGCGCAGAACGGGCUCAACGAGGAGCUCGAGCACGAAGCCGACAAUGAUGGCGAUGACGAUGACGAUGGCGACGACGAUAACGAUAACGAUAACGAUAACGACGACGACGACGAUGUGGACGAUGCCGCAGCCGACAAGGCGCUCGCCCAGAACCUGCAUGAGCUGACGGCCAACUGCUCGAGCGUCACCUUGACCAAUGGCGAUGUGUUGGCCAGUGGAGCGUGGACGAAUCGAGCGGGCGCCUUUGUCACCGACAAGAUGUCCUUCUUCGAGGAGUCGCGCGCCUUCAUUGACAAGUACUUGGGUCGCUGGAAUGCCAACGAGCAGCAGCAGCAGGCGCAAUCGGCAGCCAACCAGACGGCCUCCGAGACGGACGAGCAGAUGGACGAGUGCACCUCGGGCGCCACCAGUGGCGAGGAGGUCUGGGGCACGCCCACCAGCGGAGGCGACAACGACGACAUGCAGCUGAUCAACUCGGAGAACACACAUUCGUCACCCACCAAGUCGAGCACCUCGCUGAACGACGACGAUGACACGGAGCUGAUGAUGGACGAGCUGCUGAUGGCGCCGCCCAUGACUGCGAGCACCAUACGCGGACUGCUGCCACGUUUUUACAGACGCCGUCUUGAGCCCCUGUUCGAGGAGGAGACCGAGAGCGACGAAGAGAAAACCCAGCAGGACAGCGACGAUAUCAAAAAGGGGGAAGCAACGACAAAUGGCCACUACCUAGAGGAUUCGGCUGGAAGUUCAAGCGACGAGGAGCCGGAGGAGCCGGAUCCACACUCGAGCGAGGAGCGUCUGCAACCGAAUCUGGCCACCACAGCGUUGGGCCCACGGCCGCUGACAACCACCAGCAGCAGCAGCAGCAGCCGCACCACCACCACCAUCAUGCUGUUACCCACCACGGCCAUUACGACGCCGACCCAGUUGGAGGCAGCACAGCCGCCAGCUCAAGCACCACCGCCACCGCCAGCGGCCUCAUCCUGCGAGUAUCUACUCGAACAGCGCGCGCCUGCGACUAUGGCGACAUCAUCCGUCAUGACGAGCUCAACGACGACACCAACACCAACAGUAACAACGACGACGGCGCUGGCGUCGGCGACGGCAACGACGACGACGACGACGACGAUGAUGAGUACGGCGAUGCGGAUCUCGGUGGUGGCAGCAGUGACGACGGCGAGUCGAGCUCCCUCAUCGACUACUACAACAACCAGCAGCGGGAGCGGCACUACCAGCUGCGCCACCACCAGAGCCAACGUCAAGCCACCGAGAUUUAUACCACCACCGCCGCCGCCUCGUCGUCUGCUGCUCACGCAGACAAAUCUAAGCGCUGCACCGGCCAAAACGCAGCCACCUCAAAGAAAAUCUGGCGCUACUGCUGACAGUGGCUGUUCGGCGGCUGUCGGCGACGCCGCCAACGCUUCGCCCACAAUCGGUAUCGGGUCAAGGACAACGCCUGCGAGUACCAGAACCUCUGCACGGUCAGUGGCAGCGGCAUCGGGGGCGACGGGGCCGGUGGCAGGCCCAAAACGCCCAUCGUCAACGAUAAUCGAGACCUGCCUGCUGGGUACCGCAGCGCCGGCAGACUCAGCCACUUCAUCAGCAACAGCCUCGAGGACGGCAAAACCUAUGCGGAGCAGCACGGAGAGCAGCCCAGCUGCAGUGGCGCCAGCGGCCAAGGACCAGGCGCACGCACAGGCCCCGGCUCAGGCACAGGUAACGCCAGCCGUACCGGACGUAGCCGAUACUCGUUCAGUGGCCGCUGCCCCACUGCCGCACGUUGGCUGCGGCUUAAGUCCAAGGCUGGAAAUGCGAUUGGCUCUCAACCACGACAUACUCGGGGACGAGGACUUGAUCUGCUACGAGCCUGGUCCAGAUCUAACAACUAUUCUGGGGCACGACCUCUCCACAUUUCAUCGUCUGACGGGUCGCGAUUUAUUGAGUCGUUCAGCCACGAAUCGGGUGCAGCCAAAAGAGGCUGUCAUAUCGUACUCUCAACAACGCAACUCCAAGAUGGACACGCCGACGGUGAACCGGCGACCACGUCCCGCCAUGGCGACCACAUCCGGCCAGCGGAGUCACAGCAGCAGCAGCCACGGAAGUCCGCGCGCCACUGGUUCAGUUCGUGCCGGCGUCGUCGGUCCACAACGCCAGCAUCCAAGUCCAAGUACAUGGAACAAUUCUGCAUCUGCGGCUCGAGCAGGCGGCGCGAGCGUCGACGUCGCAGACAGCAGCACAAGCUGCAACAGCAGCAACGGCGCGAGCAAAUUAGGCGAUCUGGAAAUCUUAGCGAGACGCGAGAAGAUAUACUCCAUGUCUCAAUCGAAGAGUGGCUAUCGAGUCAAGGCGACAUCCGGGACAACCACAACGAAACUGAGAACGACGACGACGACGACGGCAACGAGACGCGACUGUUCCUUGACAACGAGCCGAGCAGCAGCAGUAGUCUCUCUGACGAGGACGAUGAGUACUACUUCGAUGGACGCAGUGGCAGCAACAACCACAACAACAAUAGCAACAACAACAAUGACUGAAGCAUGCCUCGAAACAGAAGUGGGCAAAUCCAACCGUUUAAUCAACUUUAUCAAGCGCCGCAACUCGGAGAUAACAGCCAGCGGCAGCAGCAGCAGCAACAAUCCCAACAACUCCGACAGCACAUUCGGUGGCGACUCCCAGCUGCAGCUGCAGCUGCACGGCAGUCAGCAGCUGCUGAGGCAGGCGCCGGACAAUGCGGACAUGGCACAAAUGUCGCCACGUAAAGACAACGACAAGCCCUCGCUGAACCGACGCCUGUGGAAGCAAAUCACCAAACGAAGACGCACCAACUCCGUAUCCCAGAUAGUCGCUGGCUAAGUGAAGAGGCCACACACCACACACCACACACACACUAUGUCUCUUUCCUCCCUCUCUCUCUCUCUCUCUGUCGUUCAUGCUUAGAUAGAGAUACUUGUAUUUGAGUAUCUGCCUUCAGCUGUGUGAUAUUUGCCAGCGAAGUGCUUUCAUUGUGUUGUCGUGUAGAGCAUUUAGUUAAGACUUUAGUUUAGUUAUUCAUAUUGUGCGGGAGCUAGCUGGUUCCUCGGAAAUCGUGCAGCCAGAAGCCGUUUACACUGUCCGUUGGCGUCCAGACCUGAACAGAAAAUGCUGCAGUCAGCUAUAGUUUAAGGAGAAUAGCCACUCGCUAUCAACUUGUUACUUUAGUAGAGUUAACUACUGCCCAAUUCUUCGCCUUGAAGACUGUUGUGGGACAGUUCGAAUGUGGUUCCCCUGCAGUCAGCUAUGUAUAUUCCCUGCUGCCUCUAGAACUGAGCUGGCUUAAAACUUCAGUAAGUUUUCUACUUGUAAUCUUAAGUAGUCCAGACAGUUACUGCUCCAACUCUGUGGACUGUGAAUGGCCUGCAAAUCGAUGAAACUGAACAUGAAACUGAAACUGAAACUGAAUAAUUAGAUAAAUUGAGCAAACUUACAUCAAAAAGUGACGAAGACGAUGACGAAGACAUCUUCAUCGUUAGAAGGAGAAGAACUAUGUAAUAUUUAUGAUAAGUUUUUUGAUACUUACAAACUUUGUAGCUAGUAAAACCCAAUGAAUCGAUGAAUGAUGGUUGCGUCCAAUUGCCUCCAAGUGCAAUGCGACUCCUGCCUCUGCCAAUCAGGCCAAGACCGAAGCCAAAUCUCAAUAUCUCACAAUCUAGAAAUACGAACAGCCAAAGACAAAUGGGACAACGAAUGCUGCUGCCUGGAGGCAAGGCUUUAAUAAUUGUUAAUGAAUAUACAUACAAGCAACAGCUUUUUUGGGCGGGUCAAAGGGCACACACACACACACACAGACACAAUCCAGCCAAACGUAAGGAGUUGUAGGAAAAGGAAGCAUAUGAAAUAUGUUUCGACUAUUUUAGAGGAAAGGAAGUCGCAAUCGAUAGAAGUCAAAUUAGUCUAGCUUUGCACUGGAUUAGCCAGUGGAAAAGGAGCUUUCAAAUUGUGUUUUUUCUUCUUCUUUUAUUUGAAUGAAAUUGCCUUAAAUUAUAUGAACUAUUAACUAUUUAUUGUAUUUGUAGCUUAACAUUUAUACAUCUUAUGGCAUUUUGCAGUUGUCAUUUGUCCAGUAAAAAACGUAAACAAAAAACGAAAAAUAUAAGAAAAUCAAAUAAGAAACUUACAGUCGGGCAUAACCGACUGCUCAAUACUCGUUCACAGUUCACAGCCAUCGGAAGAAAAGAAAUAUUUUUUAAUUUAUUAAAAAUAACUCAUAGAUCGAGCUGUGAAGUUGUGCUUCAAUUAAUCGUAGCUCUAUACAUCUGAUAUACCGAUCGGCGAUCGAGUGGUAUAUACUUCAAACAGCACAGUUUCGAACCAAUAUACUUCUGUUGAGCUUGUGAGCGAGUAUUUGACUAAAAAUUAGAGUAAAUCGUACUCGUGUAGUCGCAGUAAAUGCGAAAUUUUAAACAGUUCCCAAACUUUUUCUCAACUAUUUACAGCAUAUUUACAUGCAUUCGGUUGCCAGAUUCACAGUUAGUUUACGGGGUUUUUUUUCGGGUAGGAGCAAUGUGUACAUCCAGAGCUAUACGUAUGUGCAUUUUGUAGUUUAUUUCACAUUGAAAUUGUUGAAUGCAAACAAAUUAUACGAAAUUAAUAAUAAUAAAAAAACGAAUGAACGAAUGAAAAACCAAAAGACAAAUGAUCAAGUACAUUUAUCAGCUUUAAUAGAAAUUCUAAUUAAAAAAAAACAG